AUGACGCGACUCGCUCGCGCGCUGAUGCUGUGCGCGCUGGCGUGCGCGCUGCUCGCGCGCGCGACCGCGGACGAGUUCGAUCACAAGGCGCAUCCGACCCUCGAUCGCGCGCUGACCCCACCCCCCCCACCCCCCCAUCCCCCCGCCCCGCCCCCGCAGUACGUCCUCGGCGACGAGGUCAAGCUCUGGGCGAACAAGGUGGGUCCGUACAACAACCCUCAGGAGACGUACAACUACCACCGCCUGCCGUUCUGUCGCGUGAACGCCUCGCCGAAGCACAAGUGGGGCGGCCUGGGUGAGAUCUUGCAAGGGAACGAGCUCGUGGAGAGCGACAUGAAGUUCGAGUUCGGGAAGGACGUCGCGAGGACGACCGUGUGCGAGAUCGCGUCGCUGUCGAACCGCGAGUCCGCGGCGUUCGCGCGCGCGGCGCGCGAGCACUACUGGUACGAGUUCGUGAUGGACGACCUUCCCGUCUGGGGCUUCGUCGGGGAGAACGCGAAAGGAGACGGCGAGGGCGAGGUCGCGGGCGCGCCGAAGAUCUACGCGCACAAGAAGUUCGAGAUCGAGCACAACGACGGGCGGAUCACGCAGGUGAACCUCGUCGCGGAGAACCCCGUGGCGGUGACCCCGGGGGCUAAGAUCGCGUUCACGUACGAGACGAGGUGGACGAAAUCGGACGCGCCGUUUUCGAAGCGGUUCGAACGCUACUUAGACAACGACUUCUUCGAGCACCACAUCCACUGGUUCAGCAUAUUCAACUCGUGCAUGAUGGUGAUCUUCCUCGUCGGCAUGGUGUCCAUGAUCCUGAUGCGGACGCUGAGGAAGGACUACGCGAAGUACACGUCGAGGGACGACGACGACGACGUGGAGGGCGGCGGCGACGGCGGCGACGGCCGCGGCGGCGCGUCGGAAGAGUCCGGCUGGAAGCUCGUCCACGGGGACGUGUUCCGAGCCCCUAGCGCGCUGCCCGUCCUCGCCGCGAUGCUCGGCACGGGCGUGCAGCUCGCGGCGCUCUUCUUACUCGUGAUUCUCAUCACGAUCGGCGGCGCGAUGUACGAGGGAAGAGGGACGAUUCUCACGGUGUUCAUCGUGUGCUACGCCCUGACGUCGUUCGUCGGCGGGUACGUCUCCGGCGGGUUCAACGCGAGGAACGAGGGGAAGAACUGGAUCAAGGCCAUGGCGCUCACCGCGGGUUUAUUCCCCGGGUCGUGCUUCGCGAUCGCGUUCGCGUUGAACGCGGUGGCCAUCUCGUACAGUUCCUUAGCCGCGGUGCCGUUCGGGACGAUGGUCGUCAUGACGUUCAUGUGGUUGUUCAUCUCCUUCCCGCUCGUGUUGUUGGGCACGGUCAUCGGGCGGAACGUCGCGGGCGCGCCGAAUAACCCGUGCCGGGUGAAGUCCAUACCGCGGCGCAUACCGGAGCGCGAGUGGUAUCUCACGCCGCUCGCCAUCUCCUUGCUCGGCGGCGUCCUGCCGUUCGGCUCCAUAUUCAUCGAGACGUACUUCGUGUUCACGUCGAUGUGGAACUACAAGGUGUACUACGUCUACGGCUUCUUUUUACUCGUGUUCGCGAUCUUGUUGAUCGUGACCGCGUGCGUCACCGUCGUCGCGACGUACUUUUUGCUCAACGCGGAGAAUUGGAGAUGGCACUGGACCGCGUUCAACGCCGCCGCGAGCGUGUCUCUGUACGUGUACGCGUACAGCGUGUAUUACUUCGUGUUCAAGACGAAGAUGACUGGGUUUUUCCAGACGUGCUUUUAUUUCGGGUACACCGCGAUGUUCUGCCUCGUCCUCGCGCUCGUGUGCGGCGCGACAGGGUACGUCGCCGCGAACGCGUUCGUGCGGCGGAUAUACCGAAACAUCAAGUGCGAUUGA